UAGCCGGAGCUGCCAUUCUCGGCAGUACAUCAGCAGAAUGUACUGAAGCGGGCGCUUCGCUAACACUCACCACCAAUACCGGUGAAGCGUGCCUUUGCAGUUCCCUAUUCAGCGGCACAGCUUGCGAUGUAGCGGUAGACUCGACACAGUAUGAUUUGUGCACCGGUGUCACUGAUUCAACUCUAGCUCCAAACAACCUUACUCUGACUCAGGAACAUACCACUCUAAAUACUAUCGUUGAUAGCAAGAGUGUUCAAUGGACUGUCAGUUGGCCAGUUGGCUUCAAUCGUAAAUUCACAUUCUUUGCCGUAGGCAACUGCGAUGCAGGUACUUCUCUGGAGUCCUUUGUCCAAACUAAUGAAGAACUUGGUUGUAUCGAUCGCAUGGUGUUCCAGAUGAGUGUUGUUGCCCUCCGAGCUAAUUGUGAGUUUACCUACGAAACCGAUGUUGUCAUAGAAGGCGACGACACGGACAUUCAAUACGCAAGAUAUUCGUCGGACAUCAUAUUUGAGUACGAGGAACCAACAGUCGUUGGCGGAGAAACCGUAACUCGUAGUGGACAGGUGACAAUCCCAACAAGCGUUCUUCUCUUGAAUAGGAUUGCAGCCGUCACCACCGGUGUCAAGGUGUACUCGCCGUUCGCGAUUGACACUGCCAUUACAGCCCAGGCCAUUAAUGAGGGAGCAUCUACUUCUUACUAUACUCUCACAUACGCUCUAAGUUUACCAUAUUCUGUGAUCACCAUGGAUCCUGAGAUUGCUAAUGGAGGCGAAACAGCCAACAUAGCUUUGCUGUGUACUGGGGAUCUAGGAGCCGGAGAUUGCGGCACUGCCAAUGGGGAGUAUAUUGUCAUGCCAGAGUGCAUAGCUACCGACUAUAAGGGCGACAGCUUCUCGUGCACCAAGGACGCGUAUAUCCAACUCGCGCAUGACAUGGACGAGUGUAUAUUAGACGGUACGUAUACCAUCUCAGACGUGGUGAUCGAUUGCUACAAUACAUUGCCUGCCGCCGAUUGUCCAAUUAAUCAACCUAAUGAUAAAACCACCAUUGAGUUCACUCUAGCUUCUGAAAACUUCUGUGGUAAGGACAUAAUCAUUGAAGAUGCGGUAAAGGUCGAUCGAUUCAUUUUCGUUAAUCCUGAAAAUCGUGCGCAAGGUGCAUCCGAAUGGGUUGUGACAGAUCCCACCACCGGUGUUGAAACGACAUUCCCCGAUGGAAGUACAUCAAUCGAGGCUUUAAUGUUUGGCGGAUUCGCGUACGCUCGUAUAGACUUCAGUGGAUUGGCUGUAACUGAGGUAACCAUAGUGGAAAGUCAGGCGAGAUCAAGCGAUGAUGGAGAAACCGCGUAUACUGACACUUUGGACACCACAGAAAUACUGGGCAAGAAGUACCCCCAAAUUGACGGCACAUUGACCCCUGGUACCGACUACACUAGCACAAGAGACGACCCCGAAGCCUACGAAGCAGGACUCCUUUGUAAUAACCUAGGUUUAUGUGCGGCAGAUCAAAGUUUCUUAGUUCAGUAUAAAAUCCACGAUGCAGUCCACGCCGCGUUCACAAACCCAGGCCCAGGUAACAGUGCCCUCUUUGACCUCCGUCUUCUGGUUGAUGUAUCCUAUGAGACUAAUCCCUCCUCAGUUCGUCGCCGAAGACGACAAGCAUCCACAGACACAGGGAAUACUGGAGUUCAGUCAGCUUCAGACCCUGCACAAGACGGACAUGGCCCAGCAAGUAUCUCGGCCAGCGGUGUAGUCACAGGGUCCGAGGAGGUUGCAGCAACCGAUGACAGUGACAGUGCCGCAGUGGCAUUAUCGGCCUCGUCGUUCAUCAUAAUUGCGGUAGGCGUGAUUAGUCUGACAUUGUUCUAA